GAAGAAGAAACUAUUUGGCAUAGUGUCUUCCCAGUUAAAAAAGAAAAGAAAAGAAAAGAAAAGAAUAAUGAAGGUACCUACAUAACUUUUAUUUUAUAAAACCCAAUUGGGAAAAAAUAAAAAUAUGCAUAAGGACAGGGUAGAUAUGUAAGAUAUUCCAUAAUGGUACACUUGGAUAUGGUAAUUUGGUAAGCAUGUUGUAAACAAAAAUACGUUUUUCUUUUGGCCAAAGUGAAAAUACUUUGACCAGGGAGUUGAUAAUUUGGGAGGGUAGUUGUUUUUGUUUUGUUUUUUUCAUAUUCUGAACAUAGGACGGGAGGGUAGUUGUUCAAUAAUUUUUUUUAAUAAGUAUAAAUUUUAAAAAAUAAAAAAAAAUUUAAAUUAAUAUUAUAUUAAUAAAAGUAAAUCUUUAAAAUUGAUUACAAAUUAAUCAGCCCGCAAGGUCAGGGGCGGGUGGCUGUUCAAACUUCGACCCAAAGUCAGAUGGAGUACUGCCUAAGGAAGUGCAAUCACUGGCCCGUAGAAUUAAGCAUGAUAUUGGGAAGGGAGUGUCGAAAUAGUGGGGGAGGGGACCCUGAGUCUAACAAGGUAGGUAGGACUUUUGUGGCUUUGUUUUGAUAAUUUAUGCACGUACAUUAAUUUGUGGUGGUGGGCAGAGGGUGUAGAGACAUUUCCAUUCCGUAAAUCCCUCUUUACGUGACAUUCUGACCCUACGAGCCCUCGUGUAGCUAACUAUAUGGUACAUUAAUUAUAUUGGUACGUAUGUGAUGGAACAACUUGAAUAGUUGGAAUUUUGAACGUUCUUCCUCGUACCAAAAGCCUAUGUAAAUACCUUAAUUUUUUUUUUUUUUAAACAAUGUGAAAUCUUUUUUCUUGGGGAAGGGAGAAUAGGGGGACUUGAGAUUGAUUUCAAGUUCUUGUAGUCCUACGCACGUCCCUUGCAAGAGGGUGGCUAUUUGGCCACCGAUUACGGGACAUGUAAAUACCUUAAUUAAUGUCAUGUACAUGUAAUAUCAUGUAUUUCUAGCUAGUCUAAACAAGCAUGCAUAUGUCUUUGCCUAUUAUAUGGAGUUGUAAGAGGUGAAGUGUAAGGUCGAACAUACAACGAAAGUGAGGUGUAUGAGCAAGGGACUCUUCAUUUGACAGGCUUUUGCAUGGAAUUUGACACCUUUAUUUUACGUACCUUGGUAUUAUUCCCCUGUUUUCCAUGCUCCAUAAAAAGUUUCACCAAAUAGGUAGAAACCAAGAUGCCUCCAGGUGAAAUAUCCUUUCUCCUUUCUCCAUAUACAUGAUUUUAUCAUAUGCAUGUCCCUAUUCCUUUUUUUACCCUGCUGAAAUAUUGUGUGUUGGAUUAACUGUUUUCCUGAUCUAAUUAACAUGAAGUACUUUCUUGUUUUUCUUUGUGGUCCAACAGAUUUGGCUUGGCACCAUUCCUACGACAGUGCAGUGCACGUAUAUCCUUGUAUAUUAUAGCCUCUAGAGGAUGUAUUAAGUGGUUAAUUAAUGGCACACAAAACUUUAAAUUAAAUGUUUUAAAUUUAA